AUGUUGCCUGAGCUGCCUAAUGCUCUUGAUCUAGAACCUAGAUCACAUCAGACUCAGUUCCAGCAAAUCAGUUAUUGGAAGAAUAACCCUAACGUCAUCGUGUCUAAGGAUUGGACUGGAAAUUUCCAAAAGAUAAUGCAGGCAGUAGAGGCUGUACCGGAUCAUAGCCGGAAGCGUUUUGCGAUCUUGGUGAAGAGAGGAGUUUACAAGGAAAAUGUGGAUAUCAAUGUGAAAAAGACUAAUUUGGUUUUGAUUGGAGAGGGCAUGGACGUUACUACCAUAACUGGACAUAAGAGUAAUGCUGUGAAGGCAGAAGGCUUCAUUGCAAUAGAUAUAGGGUUUGAGAACACAGCCGGACCACACAACGGCCAGGCAGUGGCGCUUCUAGUCAAGGGUGACCAAUCAGCUUUCUUCCGAUGCAAGAUAAAUGGAUACCAAGACACAUUGUAUGCACACAACAGCCGCCAGUUCUUUAGGGAAUGCAAGAUCAGUGGCACUGUCGACUUCAUCUUCGGCUACAGCACUGCAGUUUUCCAAAUGUGCACCAUUAUUGCAAGAAAAGACCUAAUCAUGGCCUGGUUACAGUUACUGCCCACGGUCUUUUCGAAGAAGACUCAACCGGGUUUACAUUCCAAUUUUGUGACGUACGUGACUGCAGAUGCUGAUUUGUUGAGCAACAUUACAGCUACACCCACAUACUUGGGUCGACCUUGGGGAUAUGUACUUGAGUAUAAAGAGAGGUGCUUAAGUGUAAAGAUGGGUAUAGUGACUUAUAUGAUAAGCUUUAUGCCAAAGGGGAACAAGCAUGGUUAUCUCCAUCAUCACAGCCACAAUGCCACAAUGUAA